AUGCGUACAACGACCCCAAAGACGGCUGGGAACACUUUAUUGCUGUUCGGCCCUCAACUUGCACGACUUGUCCCGAGUCGUCUGAUAGAUUUACGGAGGACAAUUCUAGACAAUCCCGAUCUUGAGUUCCUCGUCGAGAUCAUAAAUGAGCUGCCCUCCUUAUGGACCUCUAUCAUUGAACCCAGCAUUCCCCGCCUUGGAUCUCUUACGAAUGCCAAAGAAAAGCUGCAACAGGUUGCGACAUUCUUCGAGAAUGAGACUGAAGAUGCACCCCGGUUGGCGCCGCCUUACAACUUGCUUCUCGCUCCUUUGACGGUCAUCGCUCAGAUUGCCGAAUAUAUCCAUCACGGUCACCAGGGCACUGUCCAGGGAUUUUGCAUUGGUUUCCUAUCCGCUGCUGCUGUGGCAAGCGCGCGAAAUAGAGCUGAACUGGAAAAGUUGACAGCUACCGCGGUUCGGCUAGCUGUAGCCAUUGGAGGCAUCGUUGAUUUCGAUGAACAGGGGCUUUCGGACGGAUGUGCCACACUCGAGCAUAGCUCUACAUGGUCGGUCCGUUGGACAUCGGCCCUUGAAAAGGAGCAUUUUGAAAAGACGCUGGCAUCUUUUCCUGAGGCAUAUGUCUCAUGCGUCACGGACGUAGACAGGGUAACAAUCACAAUACCAGAGAGCCACUUCGUCGGCUUCUCUAGGCAACUAGCUGAUGGCGGACUGUCUGCCCAGCCAAUCGGCCUAUGUGGUAGAUAUCAUAAGAAUAAGCCAGACCGAGCAGAAUUAGUGCAGCAGGUGAAAGCACUAUGUCAGCAGAACCAAGACUUCCAGUUCCCCGCUGUCGAAGAGUUGAUCUUACCCCUGAGGUCUACCUCGGAUACCGAGGUCAUAACGAGCGGGAUGCUUCAUGAAAUUGCCUUGAACUGCAUACUAGCUGACGUAUGCAAAUGGUACGACACUGUACAAGCAGCCUUGGACGCGUUGGACGGCCAACCGGUAAACGUGGUACCCAUUGGUAGCAGUUCGGGAGCCAUCCCUCGAUCCUUGAAAUCAGCGUCUGUGGCAGUAGACGAAUUCCUUGGACCGUCUUCACAGACGUCGACACCCCCUUAUACUACACUGCCAAACAGCAACUUGACGACCGGACAGACGACGCCGUACAGCACCGUUCCUCCCCCAGUCACAGGGACCACGCAGCCUAUCGCCGUAAUCGGCAUGGCGUGCCGAUAUGCGCAAGCCGAUUCUCUCGAAGAGUUCUGGUCCUUAAUCAACUCGGGCAAAAACGCCACCACUCCUGUGCCUGAAAAUCGAUUCAAGUCUUCGGAAUUAUGGCGUACGCCUAAGGGACCGUUCUUCGGCAACUUUAUCAAAGACCACGAUGCAUUUGACCACCGUUUCUUCGGCAUGUCCGCCCGCGAGGCCGCGUCAAUGGACCCGCAGCAGAGGCUUUUGCUCCAGGUCUCAUACGAAGCCAUGGAAUCAGCCGGGUACGCAGGCGGGGCCGAGUUGCCCAACCGCCCUGUCGGUUGCUACGUGGGCGCGGGUUACGUUGAGUACGAGGACAACAUCGCAUCGGAGCAUGCGACGGCUUUCUCGGCUUGUGGAGCUAUUCGGGCUUUUAUCAGCGGGAGGGUUAGUCAUUAUUUCGGCUGGACUGGACCUUCGGUCGUAUUCGAUACCGCGUGCUCUUCGUCGGCCGUGGCUAUCCACAAUGCCUGCAAAGCUCUCCAGACGAACGACUGCUCCAUCGCUGUUGCGGGUGGUGUUAACAUGAUAACGAGUCCUACUUUCUAUCAAAACUUGGCUGCCGCUUCUUUUCUCAGUCCCACCGGCUGCUCGAAGGCAUUCGAUGCUACUGGGGACGGAUAUUGCCGAGGUGAGGGUGCCGGUGUACUAGUCUUAAAGCCAUUAGCACAAGCUAUAGCCGACAAUGAUCGCAUCCUCGGUACCAUUGCGGGUACAGCUGUCAACCAGAACUCUAGCUGUAGUCCAAUCACUGUUCCGGAUUCAAACUCGCAGAGCGAUCUGUAUCUCCAGGCUUUGGCCGGUGGUGGCAUUUCUCCUUCAGAUGUCUCCUAUGUGGAGGCCCAUGGAACGGGAACCCCGGUAGGCGACCCCAUUGAAUGCGCUAGCAUUCGUACUGCAUUCGGUGACCCUCACCGAGCCCAGGAGCUAGUAAUCGGUUCCGUCAAGGACGUAAUCGGCCAUACCGAGGCUGCGUCCGGUGUUGCUGGAGUUAUCAAAACUCUCCUCAUGCUUCAACAUGGCUCUAUUCCCAAGCAGCCCAACUUUACUCGCCUCAAUCCCAAGAUACCUGCCUUGGAGCCCGACAGAUUAGCUAUUGCCGAUAGGACUCGCCAAUGGCAAACUAGUACUAGACGAGCAGCCUUGAUCAACAAUUACGGUGCGGCUGGAAGCAAUGCCGCCAUCGUAAUCCGAGAAUAUCGCCCGGUUUCGACGGAGCAAGUUGCUAUUAGCAAAUUGUCAGAAAGCACUACCGUCGAAUAUCCGAUAUUCCUAUCGGCCAAGACGCCGGAAAGCUUGUGUGCGUACAGCGCCGCUCUGAAGACAUUCCUAGACCGAAAUGCCUCGAUCACACUGGGCGACGUGGCGUAUAACUUGGCGCGCAAGCAAAACAAGACUCUCGAGUAUACGUCCACAUGGACCACCACAAGCCUCUCUGCAUUUAAGCAAGACCUAGACGCUAUUACAUCCGGCGCCCGUCCCUUGUCCCAAAGGAAAAUGGAUAAAAAGAAGACAUCCGCCGUACAGUGGCCAGCGCCGGUUGUGCUUUGCUUCGGCGGCCAGACAGGUCGCAGCAUCUACCUCUCGCGAGAUCUUUUCAACAGCUCGUCUCUGCUGAGAGGCCAUCUUGAGAACUGCGACGAGGCAAGUCGCUCUCUAGGAUUACCUUCAAUCUUCCCACGUAUAUUCGACCCUGCUCCUGUCGAUGACUUAGUCUUGCUGCACGCUAUGUUAUUCUCCGUCCAGUAUGCCAGUGCGAAGACCUGGAUAGAUGCCGGGUUGCAGGUCAGCGCCUUGAUAGGGCAUAGCUUCGGUCAGCUAACGGCUUUGGCUGUGUCUGGGAGCCUUGACUUAACCGAUGGGCUUCGCCUAGUCACGAGUCGCGCUCAAUUAAUGCAGAAGCUCUGGGGUGCUGAUCCCGGUGUCAUGCUGGCAAUUGAAGGAGAUAAAGAGCGUCUCGAUACCAUCCUUCAAACUGUCGGUGAAACGAACACUGUCGACGUGGCGUGCUACAAUGGUCCACGUAACAUUGUUCUCGCUGGAGAAGCGGCUGCGGUAGAUUCCAUUGAACAGACCUGUAAAGUUUCCCCGGGGCUAAAGACGGUCAAGCUGGCCAACAGCCACGCGUAUCACUCCCGUCUUGCCGAUCCGAUAUUGGAUGGCCUAGAAGACUUGGCCAGAUCCCUCGUCUGGCGAAAACCGUCGAUUCCGGUCGAGACAUGCUCUCGCGGCCAAAGUUGGACUAGCAUCGACCCUGCUAAGAUCGUGGAGCACACGCGCGAAACCGUGUAUUUCGGGGAGGCUGUCCAGCGGAUCGCUAGUCGAUACCCUACAUCCAUCUGGCUUGAAGCUGGAUCUAUGUCCCCUAUCACUGGUAUGAUGCGCCGAGCUGUGCCCGCAAACAGAGAGGACGUCUUCCUGUCGAUGGAUCUAGGUCGUGGCAACCCUUGGACUAGCCUUGCCAAGGCUUCAACUGGGCUCUGGGAAGCUGGUUCUACAGCAGACUUCUGGGCUUUCCACGGCACAGAUGGGGAUCGGUACAAGUGGUUGGACCUACCUCCCUACCAAUUUGCUAAGACGAAGCAUUGGAUACAAUACCAACCCCAUCGUCCACAAUCCGCUGUGGAGACUUCAGCGCCCGUCACAGCUGGCCCACCUGAAUUAUUACGACGUCUUGGAGACGCCGAUGGAGAGACCUUGUUCGCCGUCGAUCCUUCGCAUGAUAUUUUUGAGCUGAGCGUCAGGGGUCACGCAGUCGUGGGUCAGAGCCUGACACCGGCAGGCUUGUACUUCGAACUAGCUAUCCGAGCAGCGCAAACUCUUCAGGAGGCUGGAGCGAAGAGUUCGGAAGUGCCUCAUAUCGAGAACAUGCGCAUCUUAUCGCCGCUGGGACUAAAGCCGAACGGAGUCCUCCGUAUCAGCUUUAAACGGGGCCCCAACAAUGAAAGCGGCAGCCCGAAGUGGUCUUUCACUUUCUUCUCCACACCCGCCGACGUUGCGAAUCCGCCACCUGCUUCCAAACGCACCAACCACGCCCAAGGUACCGUGACUCUCCUCGCGGCGGAUGCGGCAACUUCUCGUUUCCAAUUCGUCAAACGUCUGCUAGGAAGGUCGCGAUACGACCAAAUUGCUUCAAACCCCGGUGCAAACAGACUAGCCGGAGACGUCCUCUACAAAAUCUUCGCUCGGGUCGUCAAUUAUGCCUCGUAUUACAAGGGUGUCCGCAACACCAUCGCCUAUGACGGCGAGGUCGUAGGUGACGUGGUCAUGCCUCCAGGCAAAGAAGCAGAGCGCCUUGGAGAUAGCAUCUCGGAUCCUCUAGCCAUUGAUAACUUCUUGCAGAUCGCCGGUAUUCACGUGAACUGUUUGCUAGAGGGUAGCGACGACGAAGUCUCCGUGUGCAAUGCUAUUGGCGAAGUCCUCUGGAGUGACGCGUUCUUACAGUCGAACGGCCACGACAAGCCUUCCGCGCGAACGUGGAAGUUGUACUCAAACAUGGAACCCAAGGGCAAGAACACGCUCGUCAACGAUGUAUUCGUGCUGGACGCCACGACUGGAGCUGUGGUUGUAGCCUUGCUAGGGGCGGAAUUCACCACGGUACCUCUUGCUUCCCUACGCAGAGUCUUGUCAAAGAUCAAUGAGAACUCUACCAUACCUGCGCCACCGAAGACUUCUUCUGUAUCGCCAACGAGGAAUGAUCUCUUCACAAAUGGGGACUCAACGCCAACCCCGAAGGCCCUGCCUAACGGAACAUCGCAACAAACCCAAGCUGCCGUAGAGUCUUCACCAUCGGCCGAACCGGUAUCUGCUGCUGCUGCUGCUCCUUCUUCCGCUGCUUCUGAAGUUGACUUAUCUGUACGAACGAUGCUAAGCGAAAUCUUCGGAAUGACCGUUGAUGAAGUGCAACUCGACUCGGAUCUAGCAGAUUUAGGUGUGGACUCGUUGAUGAUCACGGAGAUUUCUGGUGAGAUCCAGAAGAGAUUCGACGUAACUUUAUCGAUCGACGAUAUGCAAGACUUGACAGAUGUCCAAUCCCUGACUAAGCUACUGGGUGGUGGUGGUGGUGGUGCGUCAGCGCCUGCUCCUACUCCCGCUGCAACAUCGACACAGAACGGAUCAGCUAGCACAAACGGAGCGACAAACGGCUACAAAGAAGAAGAGCCAGAAAUCGAAGACGGAGGAAUAGCCGCAGUUAGCAGCGAGUGGCUUUCCAGCAACCGCAGUUCGUUUGACGCUGACAUCCAGAAAUACGGGUUCGGCCAAUUCCGUGAAACCGUCUACCCGCUGCAGUCAGAACUCGUAAUCGCAUACACCGUCGAAGCCCUGGCGAGCCUAGGAUGCGAUCUCCGGACCCUAAAAGCGGGCGACCGUCUUCCUGAACCUGUGUACGAGCACAAACACGGCAAGUUAAUGGCGCAGAUGUACAAAAUCCUCGAGGACGGCGGCUUAAUAGCGGGGAGUGGCGCCGGCGCUACGCGAACGGGCCUCUCCGCGCCCCAGGCAUCGGCUAAGACCCUCCACGACGCCAUCGUGCAGAAAUUCCCCCAACACGCCGGGGAGCACAAGCUACUGCGCACGACGGGCGCUCGCCUAGCCGAUUGCCUCAAGGGCCAGGCCGACCCCUUGGCCUUGAUGUUCGGAAGUGCCGAGGCGAGACAAUUGACGGAGGAUGUGUACACCAACGGCCCCAUGUUCCGAGCCGCGACGUCGUACCUCGCGCGUUUCUUGGUCGACGUCUGCGAGCGGUUCCAGGGCCAACGCGAGAUCCGGAUCCUGGAGCUCGGCGCUGGGACGGGCGGGACGACGAAGCACCUAAUUGAGCAACUUAACAAUAGCGCGGGCGGACAGAAAAUCCGCUACACCUUCUCAGAUGUGUCGAAGUCGUUGGUCGCUGCGGCCAAGAGGAAAUUCGCCAAAUACCCCUUCAUGGAAUACGGUAUUGUAGACAUUGAGAAAGAGCCCAGCGCAGAUUUGCAACGACGGUUCGAUGUGAUCAUUUCCACGAACUGCAUCCACGCUACCCCAAGUCUCGUCCGAUCGUGCACCAACAUUGGAAAAAUGCUGCGCAAAGAUGGACAAGUUUGUCUCGUUGAGCACACCCAGAACCUCUACUGGUUCGAUCUUGUCUGGGGGUUGGUGGAGGGAUGGUGGCUAUUUGACGACGGUCGCACACAUGCUCUCGCUUCCGAAUUGAGGUGGAAAAAGGACCUGGAGUCAUCAGGUUUCCAGUGGGUUGACUGGUCGGACGGCGCAAGCGAGGAGGCCAAGAUCCUGCGCGUUAUUGUCGCGUCGCCGACAGCUCAGCUUUCAUCCCCACCUAUCAGCACCCCGACCCUCGAGCUAGCAUCCCCUCUUGAGACAGAGGAGACAGUGGUCUUUAAGCAAGUCGGAUCAUUGCCACUCCACGCCGACAUAUUCUACCCAUCGACACUGCAGACCAGCAAUAAAGCACGACCUAUUGCCUUGAUGGUCCACGGUGGAGGCCACAUAAUGCUUUCUCGGAAGGAUGUCCGUCCAAAGCAGACGCAAAUCCUUCUAGACGCAGGAUUCAUACCUAUUAGCAUCGACUACCGUCUCUGCCCUGAGACCACCCUCAUAGAAGGUCCGAUGACCGAUGUCCGAGAUGCCUUAGGCUGGGCUCGCACCACCCUCCCAUCCCUAACUCUCAAGCGACCCGACGUGCGCAUUACCGGGGAUCGCGUAGUCGCCGUCGGCUGGUCAACCGGCGGCACCCUCGCCCUAAGCUUAGGCUGGACCGCGCCCUCAGCCGGCCUGCAACCACCAGACGCCAUCCUAGCCUUCUACUGCCCGACCGACUACGAGGACGAAUGCUGGUCUCGCGAGAACAAGCCCUACGGCGACGCCGCCCUGACGACAGAAGCGUACGACCUAUGGGAAGGCAUUUCCGACUCCCCCAUCACAGCGUACAACCCGCCGACCGGGACGCGCGCGGCGGGCGGCUGGAUGGCGAAGAACGACGCGCGCUCGCGCAUCGUGCUGCACAUGAACUGGCACGGGCAGACGGUCCCCGUGCUCGUGCACGGGCUGAAGAAGGAGUCGGCGCAGAACAGCGUGCCGAAGCUAGCUCCGCCCACUCCCGCGCAGGUCCAGGCCAUCAGCCCGCUGGCGCAGAUCCGGGCGGGCGCGUACAAGACGCCGACGUUCCUGGUGCACCCUUACGAGGACGACUUGAUCCCGUGGCAGCAGGCGCAGCGCACGGCGGAUGAGCUGCGGCGGAGCGGGGUCGAGGCCGAACUAAGGCUUAUUGGGAAUGCGGCGCAUCUGUUUGAUAUGUAUCGCAGCCACGAGUCGAAUGCGGAGGCGGUUGAGGCGGUUGGUGAUGGCCUUUCGGCAUUUUCACCAACUUCGGGCCGCAUCAUCAACAUUGUCAUCGAAUUCAACAUCGGCACCAUCACUAGUAUGAAGGGAUACUCCCUAGCUCUCGCUACGGCGCUUGCCGCCACCUCCCAGGCGUACCUCCGCUUCGGAUGUGCGACCUUGAGCGUCCAGCGUCUCGACCCCCUCGUCGAGCCCGGUGUCAUACCCUCGGCGCAUCUCCACCAGAUCAUCGGUGGAAACGGCUUCAACGCGACGAUGGACCCUACCACGGAUGUCAGCGAGAGAGCCACUUGCACGACUUGUACCUUCUCCGAAGACCUUUCUAAUUACUGGACCGCCGUUAUGUACUUCAAGGCCCGCAACGGAACUUACAAGCGAGUGGGCCAGUACCCGAACGCCCUUUUAGGUGACUUAAAAGGCGGAAUGACUGUCUACUACAUCCAAGAGUCAUUCAGCUCCAAUGGAAACCAAAAGGUUACAGCUUUCAAGCCUGGUUUCCGAAUGACGGUGGGAACCCCCAACAGCAAAGACGGGAGCAACCCCGGCCUUCGCUACACCUGUCUGCAGGACGUCAUGACUCGGUUCCCCGAGACCGCCGAGUUCCCCAAGCAGCCUUGCCCUGCUGGGAUCAUGGCUAUCCACCACUUCCCCGCAUGCUGGGACGGCAAGAACCUCGACAGCCCCAACCACCAAGACCACAUGUACAACACCAACAAAGGCGGCUUCGUCCCCGCCGGCGCGUGUCCUUCCUCGCACCCGGUUCGAACACCGCAAGUUGCCUUGGAGACGAUGUGGGACACUAGGCCCUUCAACGACAAGUCGAUCUGGCCUGAAGACGGCUCCCAACCCUUCGUCUGGUCUUACGAGGACAGCGUGGGAUACGGCACGCACGCCGACUACGUCUUCGGCUGGAAGGGCGAUGCGCUGCAGCGAGCUAUGGACUCCGCACCCCUGCUAAGCAAUGGCAUCGCAACGCAGAGUGUGGCUCAGUCUAACCAGUGCACUAUCAAGAGCACUGUCGAGGAGGAUAUUGACGGAUGGCUUACAAGUCUUCCCGGCCGACAGAUGGAUAUGUAA